GAGCUGCGGAGGGGCUGGCGAGGGAUAUGGACAAGAUGGUAUAAAAAGGCUCCCUGAGCUCAGAUCCUCCAACAGCUUUCCCAGACGCUCCUUCCUUCUUUUGACUUUCUGCUCUUUGGCGACCUUGCUCCAUCAAAUCAUGCCUGGCUCCUGUGGCCCAGAGUUUGCUGUCCCAUCUGUUGCCUCCACUCCCAGAGUCGGCUUUGGAUCUGCAGGGCCCAGCUGGGGAGGUCUCGGCUGUGGAUAUGGAAAUCUGGGCUUAGCUCAUGGUUAUGGUCUCGGCUCUGGGUACAGAGGUCUGGGCUUAGCUCACGGUUAUGGUCUCGGCUCUGGGUACGGAGGUCUGGGCUUAGCUCACGGUUAUGGUCUCGGCUAUGGCUACGGUCCUGCCGUGGCUGAAACUUCUGGAAGUCUUGGCACCCUGGCUGGAGUCAUCCCUUCCUGCAUCAACCAGAUCCCACCCGCAGAAGUCGUGGUCCAGCCACCACCCACCGUUCUGACCAUCCCAGGACCCAUCCUCUCUGCCACUGGCGAACCAGUUACUGUCGGAGGUAACACUCCAUGUGCCGUCAGUGGUACCGGAGUGGCAGGAGCUGGUUUCUAUGGGGGAGCAGGAGGCAUUUGCGGCCCUCGUUGGGGCCUGAGGAGGGGUUCACUGAUUGGAAGAAGGAGUCUACUUGGACGUCGUGGCAGCAUCUGCUAUUGAACCUGAACGGAAUCUAUGGUAAUGGACAGACACUGAAAAAUGAGACCCACCCAUGAGUUUGAAAUCAAAGCUUGCAGAAACAUCACUGAACUUUUCCAUGAAACCUCCAUCUUGUUUUCUCUUUUUCUGAAAGUUACAAGUCUACAUAGAAUAUUGAUAUUCUUUGGCUUGUUCAUUUCCUUCUCCUUGUACAACUGUUUUUUUUCUUGAUUCCUUUUCCAUUAAAGCUCAAUCGGCAUUCUUGAA